CCCAUAUUCCCCACAGCCCCUGAACGCGGCAGCAGCAGCAGUAGACUGGGUGAAGAUGGCGGACUGUAUACGUGUUCCUCUGCUCCUUCUUCUCCUCUGCAUCAUCUCCUCUUUGCAUCCAAUUCAAUGCCAAAACAACCCAGUACUCGUCAAGGUCCCCGCGAGCCCCGAGCUGAAUGCCCCUCUGCCCCCCGGGGUUCCAGUGGAGAGGCUCCCGGUACCGGAGAAGAUCCCCGAUGGAGAGGCCUCGCUGCCUCGAAAACGCUCCUCUACCGGCUGGAAACUGUCCGAAGAGGGGGUCUGCAAGGAGGAUUUGACCCGGUUAUGCCCCAAACACUCCUGGAACAACCUGGCCGUACUGGAGUGUCUCCAGGACAAGAAGGAGGAAACUGAGAUUGCAGCCGAAUGCAACCAUCUGCUGUGGAACUACAAGCUGAAUCUGACCACCGACCCAAAGUUUGAGUCUGUCGCUGUGGAGGUUUGCAAGACCACCAUCACUGAGAUUAAGGAGUGUGCAUCGGAGCAGCUGGGUAAAGGUUUCCUGGUUUCCUGUCUGGUGGAUCACCGUGGCAACAUCACAGACUACCAGUGCAACCAGUACAUCACCAAGAUGACCACCAUCGUGUUCAGCGACUACCGGCUCAUCUGCGGCUUCAUGGACAAAUGUCGAGAAGACAUCAACACUCUUCACUGCGGAAGCAUCAGCACUGGAGACAAGGACGUCCACUCUCAGGGCGAGGUGAUCGCUUGUCUGGAGAAAGGUUUGGUCCGGGAGGCGGAGGAGCAGCCGGGGGCUCAUCCAAUCAAAGAGGAGUGCAAGAAGUCCAUCAUGAGGGUCGCAGAACUCAGCUCCGACGACUUCCACCUCGACAGAUACCUGUACUUCUCCUGCCGAGAGGACCGCGAGCGCUUCUGUGAAAAGACGCUGGCCGGAGAGGGACGGGUUUACAAAUGUCUCUUUAAUCACACGUUUGAGGAGGCGAUGUCUGAGAAGUGCCGCGAGGCCCUCACCACCCGGCAGAAACUCAUCGCUCAGGACUACAAUGUGAGCUACUCGCUGGCCAAAGCCUGCAAAUCAGACCUGAGGAAAUACCACUGCAGCGCCGACAGCAACGUGCCGAGAGCCAGAGAGGCGAGGCUGAGCUACCUGCUGCUCUGCCUGGAGUCCGCCGUGCACAGAGGUGUGGGAUGCCAGCAGUGGGUCUUUGCUUCAGAAGCUUCCGGCAGAUCUCCCGGUUUUAGACAUUUCUCCGUUUUCUGUGAACGGCGAGCACUUCCUGGCGUCGCUCACCGAGAAGAUGCUGAAGCUCUACAGGUGGGAGUGAAGAGGAGGGACACACACACAGGACGCUGUGUGUGUGUGUGUGUGUAUGUGUGUGUGUGUGUGUGUGUGGAGAAAUCCAAUACUGCUUAAACUUUUAUCUGCGAAGGCGAGCAGAACAAUCUGAGGAGCGAUCGACCCGAGGGAAACUUUUUUUUUUUUUUUUAUAGCUUUUUCCACUUC